AUGUUCCACUUGGAAAUUGGAGGUGGAAAUGAAAUGCAGCAGCUGGACUCUGGACUGGGAAUGAGGAAUGGAACUAGCAAAUCAGAUUUGCCAGUGGCUGAUGAAUACUUAAGCCUCUACUCUGCUCUCCUUUCAGUGCUCGACUGCCAGGUGGGCGACUGGGGGGCGUGGAGCGAGUGCGACAAGAGCUGCGGCGCUGGCAUGAUGACGCGCACCCGCCAAGUCCUCCAAGCAGCCCAAAACGGAGGCAAGCACUGCCCCUCCCUGCUCCAGAAGCGAGCCUGCCAAGGCUAUCGCUGUCACGGACAUCGGGAUAAGAAGAUACUGCGAGAAAUGGCUCUUCUCCUGCCCGCCGCACUCACGCGCAAUCAUCGCACCAACGAGAGCAGCGACAGCCGCCACAAUCUGCACUCGCGCUAUCGCGACUCCUACAAACACAAUCGGGAUCAUGAAUACUGCGUGGAGUUCGAGGUCAUCAAGGCAUCCAAAGCCUGCCACAAGCUGCCGCCCUAUAACCUGAUGCUGGAGGGUGAUCGCAUAACUGUGCGCUGUGACCUGGAGGCGCUGGUGCAGGACAAAGAUGCUGAGGCUGGUGUUGGGAAGGCGGGCAACAGAGGCGCAACAACAACAACAACUACAACGCAUAAGACUCUAAUGGCACAGCCAUAUCUAACAGAGGAGGGCGAGGAGAACAGCAGCAGCAGCAACAGCAAUGAUAAUGACGAUGAUAACGAGGACGAGCAGGAGCAGGAGCAGGAGCAGGAGGAGGAUGAGGAGGACACCGAGGAAGAUGAUGCACAAAAUAUGCUCGACUCCGAAGCAAAUGGCGAUGCGGAAGCGGAAACGGAAGCGGAGGCGGCCAGCCGCGAGAGCUAUGGCUACAAGCACCAGAGGCCAUCAUCGCACCAUCCACGCGCUGCAACGUCCAAGCGCAGCGCCAAUGCUGCGGCGCCCAUGUUGCCGCCGGCGCUGCAGCCACAACAGCAACAGUUGCUGCUCAACUAUCACUGCCGCGGCGAGGGGCUGUCGGGUCGCACGACGCGUUGGAGCGCGUUGCCGGCGCCGUCAUGUCGCGGCAAGUGGCUGCGCCUGACCAUCGGCCCACCCAAGAAAUGCAACCAUGCGCAAUUCAUAUUCGUCUAAGCAGCUGCUGCAGCAGGAGCAGUAUUCGCAGCCAUCCAAUGCAAUACUUGGAUAAAUCUUAACUUUUUUUUUUUUUGAUCUGAUCGAGGACGUCAAUAUAUAUGUGUAGGGUAUACGCGUAGUCUAUGUAGCGAGUUCAUCAAUCCCGAAAACCCAUCCCAGAGCCCAAACCUAUCUCUCCAGUUCCCAUUGGGUAACAGCCAUACAUAAAUAACGGCUCACGGC